AUCCGUUCAUCUCACAAUUCGUUGCGUUCGGGUUCGAUCGCGAAACAAACAUAACCUUGGAACGCGACGUUUACGCAACGUAUCUGGCCCAGGAUUUCUGUCGCUCGUGACGAUUAUCUUGUUCGACUUUUUUCGCUCAAGUUUUUCCAAUUCGAAGAGUAACAGAUUGUAACAGGUGGAAAUUCAAGUAAUCAUUGAUCAGUGACACAAAUAACGCUGCUUGUACUUGAGCAGCGAUUGUUGACGACUACGAAUUCUUCGACGCUACUCUUGUGUUUUAACAAACAUUGAAGACCAGUUUUGUCAAGCUAAUUCAAGAUUGUUUUGCACGAGGAAUUUUAAUCAAAUUACGAUAUGAAAAAGAACAUUAAAUGAUGAAUGAAUAAAACAUGAAUAAGUUUAUGAGUGUUCGUCUACGUUUCAACAUAUCAAGUGUACAUUAAAUGUUACUGUGCUUCAUCCACAGAUAAUGUUUGCAAUGAUUCCAUCGUAAUGUCAUACUGAGACGAACAUGUCGUUCACCAACCAACUAAAUGUGUACAGUGAAGUGGUGCCCGAAGAGAUGACUGCAAAGACCAAUCUCACCAACAAGGAAACGGGACAAUGCGCAAUAGCUUCGAAGCCAGAACGUGUUUGCGAUACGCUGCAGGUUGCGAGCGAAGAGAUAGUCGUAGGUGCAAAUGGAUCGCUGUCAGGUAAAGUCGAUUGCCAGAGAGAAACAACCAUGCAUUUUGAAGAAAGUCUGAGGAGCUGCAACGAAGCUAUUGAGUACCAGGGAUCUGUUGAUUCGGUAUCGUUAACGGAGAACUCAAUUGCCGACAAUUGGGACUGCGAGAACGUUGACGCGUCUACUUUGAAGAAUGAGCCCGAGAGCUGCAAUGAUGAGCAGGAUGAUGGCGAGGAGACGAUCGCCACUUUUGUCACCGCAGCUGGGCAACAGCUAGCUCUCUAUGCCGUGGAAGACUCGGAUGAGAUAUUCGCCGUGGCGCUUUACGACGAAUCCGGCGAACCUCCGACGAACUUUCAAUUUCUCAUGAAAGCCGACGUGAAGCGGCUGAUUGACGAGGGAGCUGUGCGAACGCUGAAGAAACCAGCGCAAAUGAAGAAAUCUGUGUUAACCACGGAAUCGCCAGUGUUCUAUCACAAGGAGAAUUUCGAAGAGCUGCGUCAUCAGGCAAACUACGAAAUUGGCAUUCGUGAGAAAUCAACCGUCAACGGUGGGAAGCGAAUCGCGCAGAAAGGAGAACGCAAGAUGGGUCAACACAAUUACAAAAUCGACGAAUCCUACAGCGAUUCUUCCAAGAUGAAUUCCUCGUUCGACGACAUCGAUUAUAUCGCUGAUAAACAGUCCGAUAUCGCGUACCUCAUGAUGGAUAACAACUCGGUGAAUAUUGCUGAGCAGCCGGACGACAGCCAAGAUAAUUACAUCGAGCCCGAGGAAGAAGAGGAGCUGAUAUUGUGUUCGACCGUGCAGUACAUCUUCUUGGAAGACGACCAAUCGGAGUCGGAGCUGACGUUCGACGAUAUCCAGGAGACGUUGCAGAACUUGAAGCACGCUCGUGGAAAGGCAUCUUCGAAAAAGGAUAACGAAAGAUUAUCCGCGGGCAACUUACAGAGCAGCCGCUCGGUAAAUAGCAGACGGGAUACUCUGCGCGAGCCAAUGACAAUAGAAUCAUUAAACGAUGAGCUGGAUUAUUACGUAUCGUCGCAGUUGAAGGCGUCGAAAGAUAAGUCGGAGGAGGACCGGCAACGAUUGAUCGAUGCGUUGACCGAUUCGCCGCCGUCGAUGGCGAUUGCUGCACAGCCACAGCUGAAAGUCAAGCGGUCGCGCAAGCAACAGUUGACGUCGGUGAAUCGGGACGACAGCGAAAUUAUCAUCCAACCAGCGUCAAUGCUGAGCGAGGAGGAGCUGACCGGUAAAAAGCGUGGCAGACGGCGACGCGGACUACCGUCGCAGAUGCGUGUCGCUGUGAGCAACGCGAAGCGGAUGAAACGGAAACGACGAGAAAUCGUGGAGGUGAUCGACUUGGAUGUCGACGAGGAGGAGUCGCAAGAGAAGUCCAACGUGGUGGAGAUCACCCUGGAGGACAGUAAAGACAAGUACUCCAGCGACAAGGAGAAUGAGAUCAUUAUGAUAAGGGACUCGGAUUCCGAUAACGGCGACGAUGAGGAGGAUGACGAAGAAGAGGAUGAAAACGAGCACACGAACGGCAAUUUGACAAAGUUCAACAGCGUGAUGCGGUGCGAGCAUUGCUCCAGGAACUUCAGGCAACGACGAGCUUUUGACACGCACCUUAGAGUAUGCGAGAAAUCACCGGAGAACCUGCUCAGGCUCGGUGAGAAGCAGCAGCAGGACAAGGAGGAGAGCCAGCAAGUGAAGAAGCAGUAUGCCUGCAAGAUCUGCCAGGAGAAGUUUGACGUGGUCGUCGCGUUGGCGCGUCACGUUCGCGCGGCACAUUCGCAAAGGAAGAAACAGAAACUGGGUCUUGCCUCGUCAAAGAUCCAGGACAAAUCGCUGAGGUCGGUUCAGCAGAAGGAAGUAACGUCGACAGAGGAGGAGGAGGAGGAGUCGCUAAAAGACGGUGAAAAACCGACGAGGCAGCUCCGUAUGCUCAGCAGGGUGAAGAGAAAACGCAGGCAGAAGAACAAUUGCUCAUGGGAGGCGAAGAAGCUCAGCUGCGCAGACUGUGGCCGGUGGUUCCCGAGUUCCGCCCUGCUGAACGCGCACAGCCUGCAACACGGCACUAAGAAAUCAGAACAGCUGCGCAAGUGCCACAUCUGCAAAAAGCUCAUCAGAUCCAGACUGCUGUACCUUCAGCACCUGAAGAUGCACAGCGACCAACGCAGCUCGGUCGGCUCGUCGAGGUUGCUGCGGCGUAAGCUGCGCGGCCGGCCGAGCGGCCGCAAAAUCGCGACGCCGCGGAAACGAGGCCGACCAAGGAAAUUCUGAUUUUUUCCGUGAGCGACGUGUAUAAAAUACUGUACCCAAUGAGUACCGUCAAUACCGUUCCGAGUCCGUUCAGGUCGUUUUUUUUCUCAGACGACUCGAUUAGAAUAAGGUACUAGCUUCAGUGUAAAUAGCGAGUUUUGAGUACAUAUCCUUCUUCUCCGCCGACUUCAGUCGACCAAUCUCGAACAUUACGUUCGUCUUCAGGAAACCGAAGACGUCCAACCGCGACAUUGUCUAGAUACGUUAAAUGAUCGUCACGGAGUCCGCAUAUACGAGUGAAGGCGAGGGUUUCUAGCGUUCGCGCCAUAUGAAAAUGUUUAUGCAGUCGAAGUUUUUCGAAAGAUACCACGAAUAAUCGAUCCACUUGUUCAAGUGGUCCCGUUGCUUUGACCACAAAUUUGACCGCGAGUAAUCGAACGACAGAUCCCUGUAAAUAAAACGACGAUACUAGGUAAUAGGCUUGCGCCACAAUUCUCAUCGGCGAAUCUAGUUCGUACAUAUAUGUAUUGAUUGAUUGACUGACAUACGGUGAUAUUAAAGAUCGCGAUCGCAAUGUGUAACUGUAAAUUGUAUCCGCCCCUAUUUUCUUGUCAACUGCAAUAAAUGAUGGGGAAAAAAGGCUGUAUGCUCG